AUGAGUCUCCUGAACUCAACCUCCUUCAGAGACGCCCCUAUUGUGCAUCCUGACUUUUUUUACAUUGAUGGUUUUGCCGGUAUUCCCCACAUAGAAUACUACUAUAUCUUCACAUGCUUUGUAUAUGUUCUGACUCUACUGGGAAACAUUUUCGUCAUGUUCAUGAUUUACACUGACCAAUGUCUUCACAGUCCAAAAUACAUUGCUGUUUUUAAUUUGGCUCUGUGCGAUUUGUGUGGAAGCACUGCAUUCAUUCCUCCGUUGAUUGACACCUUCCUGUUUAAAUCACAUUUAAUCUCCUUCGAGGCCUGCUUGACUAAUAUGUAUUUUGUUUUUUUGUUUAUCUCUCUACAAUCUUUCACUCUCGCUGUUUUGUCCUACGAUAGAUGUGUUGCUAUCUGCUUUCCACUGAGAUACAAUGAGAUUGUGACUAAUAAAUCAAUAUUGGUGAUCACAGCCGUAUUAUGGAUUUUUGCAGGGAUGGCUAUUCUCAUUACUGCGAUUUUUAUCAGCAAACUGUCCUUCUGCAGAUCCAAUGUGAUAAACAGUUAUUUCUGUGAUCACGGACCCAUAUACCGUUUGGCCUGCAAUGACAACACUCCAAGUUCCGUGAUUAAUUGGACACAUCCUAUUAUGAUUCUCUGGGUUCCAUUACUUUUUAUCAUCGGCACAUACAUUUGUAUAGGCAGGGCAUUGUUAAAAAUCGCAGCCUCAGAGCGCCUCAAAGCCAUGAAAACCUGCACCUCCCAUUUGAUCUUGGUGAGCAUAUUUUAUCUUCCUAUAAGUAUCACCGAAGCAAUGGGCACCGCUUUGCAUCAGAACACCAGGAUUAUUAACUUGUCUCUGGCGACCGCCUUGCCCCCUGUGCUGAAUCCAAUAAUUUAUACACUGAAGACAGAAGAAUUCAGAGAAUCCAUUAAAAAGCUGUACAGAAGAUACAAGAUACACCUCACUGUAAGCAAUACAUGA